UGUUUUAUUCGGGCGGUUGUUUGAAUAGUAAUUUUAUAAUAACUCUGUAUGUUUAUGUAGACCGUUAAUGUGACAACGCCUCUAUUUUAGUCUUAAGUUGUUCACCAGUCAACUCCAUCAUGACAGGUAGAAAAAGAUCCUGUGGGAGUAGAUCAAAAUCACGAUCUGUAUCUCCAGACAUGACCAGGCAUAAGAAGCCCAGCAAGGGCUCUUCAGAACAACAUGAGCUAUCUAAAAUGGCUAAACACAAGCACAGUAGCAGUACAGAUAUACCUACAUUUGGCAGGAGUCAAGUGUGUAGUAAGUCAAAGAAAAUAAGAAGUAAAUCAAGAGAUUCAUCUCAAUCAUCUAACACCUCUGCUGAUUCACAAAGUGAUUCAUCAUGCUCUUCCAGAAACAGCAGCCCAUCAAAGGCAAAGGAAAGGAAGAAGCUUAAGAAAUUAGAGAAAAAGAAGAAAAGAAAAGAGAGGAAGUUGAAAAAGAAGCACAAGAAAGAAAAGAGGCGGCAUAAGAAGGCUACAAAAGCAGCUACAAGAAAUACAGAAAAGACACAGAAUGUGAAACCAGAAGUUCCAAGAGACAAGGAGUCUGAGGAACCUGCAGACAAGCUGCUGAUGGACAGGGCAAAAGCUAUGGCUCCGAUGACCAAGGAAGAGUGGGAGAAACGUCAGAGUGUCAUUCGGAGAGUGUAUGAUGAGGAAACUGGGCGACAUCGGCUUAUCAAGGGCGAUGGAGAGGUUUUGGAGGAGAUUGUUAGUCGAGAUCGGCACCGUGAAAUUAAUCAACAAGCUACUCGGGGAGAUGGUGCUUUUUUCCAGGCCACAGUGGCGGCCAAGCUUAAUAAAUAACAACAUGUUGACACCAUGAUAGUGAAAAUAAUACAUGGUAUAUUAUCAUGUGUAUAUCUAAAUGGAAAAGCAGUUUUGUAGUGAAAAGAGAUCAGUUAUGUAAGUUCUUGAGGAUACAUAAUUCUGAAAGAAAAUAUAAAACAGGAUCUGUGUGUGUGUAUGUAUAUAUAAACACAAUAGUCUAGUCAGUCUCUUGUCCUGAUACUUAGAAAACAGUAUCACUUCUUCCUUUCACAAACCUUUAAUGGUGCAAUUUUUUUUGCUUAAAUGUGGAAAUGAAAAUAAUAAUUUUUUUUAACAAAAGACAGAUAUCUCAUAUUUGUAUACAAAGAUUCUAGCAAUCAUUUAUAAAGAAUCUGGCAACCUUUCAACUAAAGCAGUAUAGCAUGAAAUAUGUGUAGUGAGACAAAAGGUUUAUUAGCGGCAUUGAGGUAUCCUCUGAUGUGAUGAACCAACUCAUCAUCAUUUAAAAAGUUCAGACUGUGUGUGCCAUUUCAAUUUACAUAUACAGAUGAAAACGAUUUUCCUUAUAACUGCAGUUACCCACCUUGAUUUACUUCAUUUAUAUAAUGCUUUACAUUUUAUAUGUAUACUGUGAAAUGUUUUGUGCCUGUAAAGAAAUUACUAUAAUUAGAAGUAAUUAUUUGUGAAUGAUGUACAUUGGAAUUAGGUUCAGUCGAUGUUCCUGAAGCUGAUUAUCCAUGAACAGAAAUAAGUUUGGUCAGUGCAGUGGGUGUGACUUGUUUAUGAGUCAAAGGACCAAUUCCUGGACCAGCAGUACAGUUUUGUAUAUUCUAAUUUUUACUUUUCUAUGUUUUGUUAUUAACAGUGUUUUUAAACAUUUAAGUAGCUAUGAUUAAGUUAUAUAGGUGUAUUUCAUUAUAUAUUUCUUUUGCUGUAAUGCUACUGGAGAGAAUGAGAAGUAACAUGGACUCGUGUGUCUUGAGAUGUAGUUCCCUGAGAACUUCCAAUCAGUAACAUUUGUAGAAGUGUCAAGACCCUCAGAAAGAAGAGGAAUUAAAAUAAUGGAUCCUUUGUUUAUAAAAUUUUAAAUUUUUAUCAUCAUCUAUGUUCUCCAUUUUUCCACACAUUUCAGUUUACUUUUUUAAGUUCCUUCAUCAGUGGUAUUAAUAUAUUUCAGCCUUUAUAUUGAUGUCCAUAAAAGUUUUAUUAGCUUUUAUGCAUCUUUACAAAGUUAAAAAGGUGUUAUGUGGAAGUCAUAUCUGUCUAUCACAUAGUAUUUCACCUAAACUACUUGACACAUAUUUUUAUAAUUUUAUAUUGGAGAAUUCACUAAAAGUUAUCAGGCAAUUCUGAUUUUCAGCCUCACAGAUCUGUAACACAGCCCACUCUACAUAAAGUCAUUGAUGAACUUGUUAAAUCAGUGUGAUAUACUUGUGUAUAGUAUCAGUUGGCCACUCCGAUUUUUGGUCACACUGAUCACAAAGCCUACUUUACAUAACACCAUAAAUGGACUUUUCUAUAUAUCCCAUAAACCGCUUGUCAGAUUUUGCUGUAAUUCAGUAUUAAACAUACUACGAGUAUGCUGUUAAAAUAUGGGUGUCCAAAAAACUGAUCACUGUAUACCAUCACAAUGAGCUUUUACAUCUCAUGAAUUUUGCACUUUUUACCUAAUACAUUUUGUGUUCACUGAAAUGCCAUAUAUGCACACUCUCUCCAAUCUUACCUCACCACAGCAGUGGCUGUUUAGGGCAAUGAUGACUUCAGUGCUGAGGACACUUGAGAAUAUGUUGAAUAAGUACAUAUGAAGAACGGAGCAAAGAAUGAUAUGCCAGCUGGGGGUGGAGCACAAGUCUAACUUCACUGCAACAAAAACUAUCUACUUAUGAAUUCAUAAAAAUAAACACUGAUAAGAGAGAUUUCUUUUAAGCCUGACUGUAUACUGUCAGUCGAAAGGUUGCUAAUGGCACUUUACUCUAAAGCCAUUACUUUUACACACAUUAAGCCCUAUCAUCUAUGAACAAGGUUUUUAAAUUUUUAAAUUCACCAGGAAUGUCAGCCAUAUUGGCAUUCACAGUGGUAACAUUUUAGUCAUAUGCAAAUAGCAGAAUUUAGAUAUCCCAGUCUUAUAGGGCUUGUGACCAUAUUUUAACACAGGUAUUGAAAAAUGCACUUUUUAGCAGCUGAACCAUGGGAAGGCACUGCCACAAUAAUGUAACACAACUGGUAAAGGUUAAGAAUGCAAAUCGGUAUUUUUAUUGGGAACUACUAAUUUGGGGUAUUUUGUAAUAUAUACAAACUACUAGCAUCACUGCAUAAAAGGGCAUGGAGUGUAUACAUGUAAAGGGAAGUGUGUCUGCCUGUAUAAUUCGUUUUUACUCAUGAAGUCUGAUUAAAUCUGAUAUGGGGAGAAGUUGACAAUAAAACUUGUCCAGCAGAUUUAGGGUUGGUCUGUACUGGUUCAAUGUAACCACAGUUUUACAUGAACACAAAUCAAAUAUGGUUUUCCACAGAACUUCCUUUGAUACUGGGCAAAGUUAACAAACUGAGAACAUAAUUACAACUUUCCAUCAUUGUUCAAUUGCCAACUCUGAACUGUCAUGUUUCUGUAAUAUUCAUUUCCUUUAUAAUACUGUAAAUUAUAAUGACUUCUUUUAAAUAUGUUUAAUGUCACAUGACACUAUUACAUCUGGGAUAUGCAUGAACUUGGAAUCUGGAUCUUUGCAGACAUGUUUAAUAUUCAAAAUAAAGUAAUACUGCUUCCCUUCA